UGAUCUCAGACAAUCGUCUAUCUACCUAUUGUGUGUGUCCACAGGCCCAGUGUGUUCUCCAUCACAGUUCACAUGUCCAAGCGUCUGUAUCAACAACACUGCCGUGUGUGACCUGCACGAGGACUGCUCCGAUGCUUCCGACGAGUCAUCCGCCAUCUGCCCCGCCUGUCCACAAGGUGUUAACUUCGAGAACGGUCCUGACUACAUGUAUCAAUCCACCACUGAUCAGCUGGACUGGGUGCCUGAUAGAGCUGGCACUCCCAGCGGUUCCACCGGCCCACCGCCGUCCGAUCACACCUUGGGAUCUCGCGCAGGUACAUACUACUAUGUGGAGUCCUCAUCCCCAGUUACCGCUGGCCAGUUUGCCGUCAUGAGCACUCCGUUCUUCAACCCGCCGACGGGCCUGGGCUGCAACGUGCGCUUCGCCUACAGCAUGUACGGCGCCACCAUCGGCAGCAUGACGGUGACGGCAGUGGACAAAGCCAACAAGGCCACUCAGCUAUGGACAUUGUCGGGCAACCAGGGACAAGGCUGGAAGUUUGCACAGGUCGCAAUCUCUCUCACAACAACUUUCCGGCUUGACUUCCGCGCCACCCGCGGCACCAGCUUCACUGGGGACAUUGCCAUCGACGACAUCAGCUACACAUCGGCCUGCGGCUGUCUCGCCAACGUCACGUGCACCUCGACACAGUUCGCCUGCAAGUACAACUGCAUUGACAAGAAACGCCGCUGCGACUACAACGUCGACUGCCUCGGCGACAACUCCGACGAGCAGAACUGCGACACCCAGUGUCCAUAUGGACGAAACGGACAGAGCUUCGAGAAUGGUAUGUAUCCGUUUGUAGUUGCAUCGAACGGCGACAUCCCGUGGAACAUUCGACGUGGAUCCACUCCGAGUGGGUCAACCGGGCCGACCAAUGACCAUACUCUUGGAACAACUCAGGGCACCUACUUGUACAUUGAGGCUAGCUCUCCCACCUCGACAGGUGACAAGGCAAUUCUCCAAUCUCAGUAUUACUACGCUAAACCCAAGGGCCCCAGCUGCUAUCUGCGAUUCUGGUACAACAUGUAUGGUGGCACCAUUGGCACUCUGAUCGUCAACAUCAUGAACUCCAGAACACGGGCUAACAUUACUGCAUGGACGAAAUCCGGCAACCAAGGUCAAGGCUGGAAGCUGGGAGAAAUCCCGUUGCCGCAGGGAACCUACAACUAUGACUUCCAGGUGAUGUUCGUUGCCAUUCGGGGUACUGGCUUUGCCGGCGACAUUGCUAUUGACGAUAUCUCCUUCACCGACGACUGUGGUUGUGCAACUGCGCUGCCACCGUACUCGAACACGGACGCCAGUUGCAACUUUGACGUCGGUCUCUGCAACUACGUUAACCCAUGGCGUGCAACCACUGCACUGCGACCCUGGUUCAGACGUACCACGGGCACUCCCAGUGGUUUCACUGGCCCCACUGCUGACCAUACGCCCGGAGCAGGACGCGGUUACAUUCACGUGGAAGCGUCUGGAACACUGGCCGGCCAGCAGGCUAUCAUCGCCACGCCCGACAUGAGCGCCGGCACUUACUGCUUCGGCUUCUGGUACAACAUGUACGGUGAGAACAUCGGUCACCUGCGCGCGCAGCUGCGCUACUCCAACGGCACCGUCAUGCAGACGCUGUACCACACCAGCGGCAACCAAGGAAACGUAUGGUACAACGCCGCCAGCCAGACCAUCACCGUCAGCGAUCAGUUCAACAUCGCGUUCGAGUACACGUUCGCCGGUGGAUAUGCUGGUGAUGCGGCCAUCGAUGACGUUAUUGCAAGCCUCGGCAAAUGCCCCACAGUUCCUCCACCGGCCUGCCCGUUCGGAGGCCAUCAGUGCGCGACUACCAAAGCCUGCAUCCCUGCGCCGCGCGUGUGCGAUUUCAUCCAGGAUUGCCCGUCCGGCUCGGACGAGCUCGGCUGCACCAGCAACUGCACUUUCGACACCAACCAGUGCAACUGGCAGAACGGCGUACAGGACGUGUUCGACUGGACCCGUCGUCGCGGCCGCACUCCCUCCGGCGGUACCGGACCGUCCUCCGACCACACCACCGGAACCGGUGCAGGGUAUUACAUGUACACCGAGGCGUCCGGUCUCUUCUACCUUCACACCGCAACGCUGGUCAGUAAGACGAUCGGCCGCACCGGCCAGUUCUGCCAGGUCAACUUCUGGUACCACAUGUAUAGCACCACAGCAGCCAGCGGGGCAGUGCUCAACAUGUACGUGAAGACACCCAACGGACGCUCCAAGAACCUCUUCCAUCUCGUCGGUAACCAAGGAAACGCGUGGAAGCAGGGAACAGCCAAUAUUGGACCGCGCUAUUUGUCCGAGGUUGUGUUUGAGGGCAAGCGUGGCGUCUCGUUUAACUCCGACAUUGCUAUUGACGACAUCACGUUCGUAAACUGCGUACCAGGCGCUGCUAAGACUUGUUUGGUCAGCGAGUUCACUUGCUUGAGUCAGCUGGACUGCGUGCCACUGAGCAAGCGUUGUGACGGAGAGCUAGACUGCAGCGAUCACUCUGACGAAGUCGGCUGUCCUGAUGUGUAUGGCAGCUGCGACUUUGAACAAGGCGGUACCCUGUGUAACUUCACCAACCCGGCAAGUGCUGUUGGUCUGCAGUUCACACGCUCUACAUUCAUCACGUCGACAGUCAACACCGGUCCUCACAACGAUCACACUUACGGAAACAACACCGGUCACUUCAUGUACAUUGAGACCAGCAACGGGUUCCCAGUGGGUUCGGUUGCACAGCUGAUUGGGCCUACACUCGACAAGCCCGUGUCCAACUGCAGCGUGUCCUUCUGGUACAACAUGUUUGGUCCAACCAUCGGAAACCUUACCCUGUUCCGCAACGACGCUAACGGCAAGGUACAGCUCUGGAGGGCCUCUGGCAACAAGGGACAGACUUGGCUGCGCGCCGUGGCCAUCGUGGGCACCACCAUCCCGUACAACCUGAUCUUCGAGGCCACGAAGGGCGGCUUCCAGGGCGACAUCGCCGUCGACGACAUCCUGAUGACCAGCGGUUGCAGCGAUCAGCUCACCCCGACGCAGUGCUACGCCCACCAGUUCACGUGCUCCAACAAGCGCUGCGUGUGGAGCGUGUACCGCUGCGAUGGCGUCAACGACUGCGGUGACAACAGCGACGAGGCGAACUGUCCAGUACCACCAACGGUUACUCCUGCCCCCGCUCCACCGGGAAGCUAUUUGGACUACCGCGAGAACUGCACAUUCGACCAGAACACGUUCUGCACGUGGACAAACAGCAUUACCGAUAGCACACCUAACAAUGACUGGACGUUGAAGACAGGCAGCACUGCUUCAUCCUUCACCGGGCCCAAAUCUGGUCACGGUGGCAGUGGAUCCUACAUCUACGUGGAGACGUCUGACCUUCUGGGUGGCACCGUGACCGACCUGUUCAGUAAGACUGUCUACUAUUCCGGACCGCAGUGCACAUUCAACUUCUGGUACCACAUGUACGGCCAGGACUGCGGAGAUCUGAACAUCAUGGUCCGAUACAGAGACACAGGUGCCGAGUCGAGAAUUUGGCGCGAGUCAGGUCCCCAUGCCGACCAAUGGCUGAGUGGCUCUGCCAGCAUUCCCAUCGUCACCAACUCCAGCUUCGUCAUCGUCGUGCGUCACGUCCACAGCCAGUCCGGCGGUUUCCGUGGUGAUGUCGCCAUUGACGACUUCAGCUUUGUCAACUGCAACCCAAGUCUGCCAGCACCGCGUUGCCCGACCACCAUGUUCCAGUGUCCGGACGGAUCUUGCGUCGAUCCUCUGCGCGUGUGCGACUACACCCUGGACUGUCCGAGCGGGCUGGACGAAGUCGAGUCGCAGUGCUCUCGUAUCGACGGCCGCUGCGACUUUGAGAACAGCCUGUGCGGCUACGUGCAGCUGCAGACGGACGACAUCGACUGGAACGUUGGCCGUGGUCUGGCUGCCAUCAGCCCCACCGCACCGCAGGUCGAUCACACCACAAUGGCCGCCACUGGUCACUACCUGUUCAUUCAGGCCGACCGCACACACAAUACGGGCGACGUUGCCAGCAUUGCUACUCCGCUGAUGGCACCACCGUAUGCUGCCUGCUACGCUAGCUUCUGCUACCACAUGUACGGCUCGGAGCUCGGAACGCUCAACGUCAGCGUGGGCACUGGCACCGAAACCAAGACGGCCUGGAGCAGGACGGGGGAUCAAGGUGAUCAAUGGCUCUGCGACAAGGUCCGCCUCAACUCCUUCGUGACUUCCGAUUUCAGGCUGGUCAUCUCUGCCAACCGUGGCUCCGGCAUCAAGGACGAGAUCGCCAUUGACGACAUCUCCUUCAGCCAGGGAUGCAGCGGCUUUGCCGUCACUCCCGCUCCCACAACCACACCUGUGUACAAGGCCGACUGCAACUUUGACAAGGGGUACUGCGCCUGGACCAACUCCUACUUCAACCAGCUAGACUGGGACUUGCAGAAGGGCCCAUCGCCGAGCUCCAACACCGGGCCUGGCAUGGAUCAUACCUCAGGCAGCGGCCAGUACAUCUACCUGGAGACCAGCUUGGGCUCUGUCGGUCAGUACGCCAUCCUACAGUCACCUGUUCUAACGCCAUCAACCACUGGAUGUUCUCUGAACUUCUGGUACCACAUGUUCGGUGCCACGGUCGGCAGUCUUGACGUUGGAACGCUGUCCAGCUCACCCGGCUCCAGCCCCGUCAGUCUGUUCCAACUGGUGGGCAGCCAGGGCAACUUCUGGAAGUCCGGCAUGGUCACCCUACCCAGCACUGGGCCCGCGUUCAGCGUGCUCGUGCGCGGCACUCGCGGCGUAUCCUACACCGGCGACAUCGCUCUGGACGACUUCACCUUCGGAACGUGCCCCACAGCACCUCCAUCCGCCUGCAGUGGCUUCCAAUGCUCAAGCGGCAAGUGCCUGGACUCUCGACAGGUCUGCGACUUCAUCAAGGACUGCUCCGACGGUGCCGACGAGUUGCAAUGCCCGACGUCGUGCAGCUUUGAAAUCGACGACUGCUACUGGCGUAACACACAGAAGGGAGACAGUUUCUACUGGGCCCGUCACUCAGCCACCCGCCCAUACAGCGGACAAGUGGCACCUGUUGAUCACACCAGAAAGACUGCCGCUGGUUUCUAUAUGUUCGCACGUCUGGAUGCCGGUGCGUCUGGCUAUCAGGCCAUCCUUCAGUCGCCCAAGUUCAGCCGUACCAGCUCUCUGUGUACAUUCAACUUCUGGUACUACAUGAGCGGUCUCUCCGUUGGUAACCUGGUCCUGGAGAUGAGGUCCGACAACCGACCCAUCCAGGUGCUGUGGCGCAAGAUUGGCACUCAGGGUGCUUCCUGGCAACAGGGCAGCCAGCUGAUCGGCGAGCAGUUCCAGGUGCAGAUGUUCUUCAUGGCCAGCCGCCCGCUCUCCGUCCAGGGUGUCAUCGCCAUCGACGACGUCUCCUUCACCUCCUGCACACCACGUCCCCUGGCCACAUGCUCGCCGACGCAGUUCCAGUGCUUCAGUGGCAAGUGCAUUGCCAGCACGUCGGCAUGUGACAUGCGUCGUGACUGUGCCGACGGCACUGAUGAAGGCUACCAAUCGUGCAGCUUCAUCAGCGGAAACUGCAACUUUGAGACAGGACUUUGCGGCUAUAAGAAUGGCAGUGCGCAGGUGGGUAACUUCAAACGCACUCAGGCCAUCCAGGGCAGUCUGAACCGAGGACCGAGAAUCGACAGCACCUUCCAGAACACGACGGGCUACUACAUGAUGCUGGGUCUGCGUGGCGCCAGCAAUGGCGAGGUCGUCGCUCUCGUCACGCCCAGCCAGCUGGCCACCGUGCCCACAUCCGCCUGCACCGUCCGCUUCUACUACUACUUGGCCGGCGGAACUACCGGCAACGUUCGUAUGGUCCUGCAAUCCGCCAGUGGUCGCAGUGCUCUCUGGACGACGUCAACCCAGUCAUCGUCAUGGACACGCGUAGUGCAGCCAAUCUCCAGCACCGGCCCGUUCAACAUCUCCUUUGAGGCUGUGCGCAACACAUUCUUCUCUGGCGUGUUUGCCAUUGAUGACGUCAGCUACGACCCGGCUUGUUUCAACGCCAAGCCCACGGCCGCAGCCUGCCCGGUGUGGCAGAAGGCCUGCGCCGACGGCCAGUGCAUCCUGGACUCGUGGUUCUGCGACGGCGACACGGACUGCCGUGACGGCUCCGACGAAAAGGGCUGCCCCGUUCCCACCACCCAAUCGCCGCCAACCUUUCCUCCGGGACCGUAUCCAGCCGGCGUCUGUACCUACCAGACCGGCUUCUGCGGCUGGAAGCAGGUGCAGAGUGACACGGCGGACUUCCAGCGUCGCCGUGGCAGCACACCCAGCGUCUCCACUGGACCGUCUCGCGAUCACACCACCGGCUCAACAACCGGAUUCUACGCCCACGUUGAGGCCAGCGGCCUUGCUGCGUUCGGCACGCUGCAGAUGGUAUCGCCGACGUUCAACGCCGCCGGCUACCAGUGCACGUUCACGAUGGCAUACCACAUGUGGGGUGCCAGCAUUGGUACUCUCGAGGUCUACUACGCAUCGAUCGUGCCAGGAAGCACUCCAAUCAAGAUGUUCAGCGUGUCUGGUAACCAAGGCAACCAGUGGAACCAGUUCAACGGCACCCUGCAGUCCUCCUUGCUGCAGCCGUUCGUCUUCAUGAUCAACGUCACCCAUGGUACCGGUUUCCAGGGCGAUAUCUCCCUGGACGACGUCGGAUUCAUCAACUGCAACCCAGCUCUUGGCAUUGUCAAGCCACCCUGCAACAAGACUGAGUUCGAGUGCGCCAACAAGAACUGCAUCAGCGUGUACAAGCUGUGCGACUUCAACAACGACUGCCAGGACAACUCCGACGAGGACGCCAAGACCUGCGCUGCCCAACCUGGUUACUGCAACUUUGAGAACUCUCCCUGCGGCUAUAGCAACGUAAACUGGGACGUGUUUGAUUGGGUGGGUUACCGAGGUCCUACUCCCUCUGUGGGUACUGGACCUGGUGUUGAUCAUACCUAUGGAAACUCAUCAGGACGCUACAUCUACCUGGAGACUUCCUUCCCACGAUCGCCCAAUGACAAGGCGGUGUUCGAAUCGCCCUACUUCCAGCCGCCAUACGGUGCCUGCAACUUCCGCUUCUGGUAUCACAUGUUUGGAGCCACCGUUGAUCAGCUUCAUGUGGAACUCGUCGAUAUGAAGAACGUGUCGUCGAAGAUCUCCAGUUUCAAGGCAGCCGUCAGUACGCAAUGGCAGCUUGCUACCAUUCCCAUCCACGCCAUCACUCCCUUCAAGGUUCGCUUCAUUGGUACCGUUGGCACUUCUUUCACCGGAGAUAUCGCAUUGGAUGAUGUUUCCUUCAGCUACGGUUGCUCUUCGUCCAUCGCAACAACACCAGCGCCAUCUCCACCGAUCUUCAACGCUGACUGUGACUUUGAGGCGGCUGGCUAUUGUGGAUACACGAGCGAAUUCAUUGGUGAUAUGACUUGGAUCCGCAACGCUGGCGGCACCCUGAGUCCCGGAACCGGACCCACACUGGAUCAUACCUACAAUAACGUGACUGGUCACUACAUUCACAUUGAGGCGUCCGUACCCGCCGCUCUCGGUCACGACGCACGCCUCAUCUCACCGUUGAUCACUCCCGACCCGGCCAGGAACUCCCGUCUCAGCUUCUGGUACCAUAUGUACGGAUUUGACAUUGACUGUCUCUCCACGAUUAUCCUGUAUGCUGACGGCUCCAGCGCCAUCCUCUGGAAGCUGUGCUUCGACCAGGGCCGCCAAUGGCACAACACCGUCAUUGACCUGCCCAACAAUGGCCAGCAGUUCUACAUCCGCUUCAUUGCCACUCGUGGAAACGGAUUCACCGGUGAUAUCUCCCUGGACGACAUCCAGUUCCUCGGCCCGGCGCCCACCACACCUCCGCCCAAGUGCCCCGUUGGCCAAUGGUACUGCUUCAAGAGCAAGAUCUGCAUCGACUCGCGCCAAGUGUGCGACUUCAACGUUGACUGCGGUAGCUCCAGCGAAGACGAGGAUGCCUGCUCCAAGCCAUGUGACUUUGAGAGCGGCCAGUGCAACUGGAAGAACGCCAUCUUCCGCGAUCUGGUCUGGGCCAGGCACUUUGGCUUCACGGCCACAGCCGGCACCGGUCCAUCUGUCGAUCACACCAAGGGAACUAGACAAGGCUUCUACAUGUAUGCCAAUGCCGUCGGCCAGUUCUACGGUGCGUUCGCCAACUACCAGUCGACGCUCUUCCAGCGCACUGGCGCGGGUUGCCGCAUGACCUUCUGGUACCACAUGUUCGGAGCACUCCAGGGACAACUUUCAAUCACAUUGUGGAGUGGCCGCUCGAAGGAAGUGGUCUGGAGUACGCACGAUAACAAAGGAGAUGUAUGGAGACCAGGUACAGCUACCAUCGGAGCCAGGAACAACUUCAGCAUUGUCUUUGAGGCUAUGAUUGGUCCUGGUCUGACGAGUGACAUUGCUAUUGAUGACGUCAAUUUCACCAAUUGUGGAGCAGCCAAGCCCAUCCUGCCUUGCACUAGCAGCCAGUUCACGUGUCAGAACCGCAACUGUGUGCCACUCGCUGCCAAGUGUGAUGACAGCAACGACUGUGGCGACUCAUCGGACGAGCAAGGAUGUCCCUACUUCAUUGGCAACUGCAACUUUGAAAACGGCACCUGUAUCUGGAAGAACGUUGUGGGUGACAGUUUUAACUGGACGUAUCAGCAAGGAUUUACACCCAGUGGCCUUACUGGUCCCAACUAUGAUCAUACUCUGGGAAAUCGCAGUGGUCACUAUGUCUAUAUCGAGACAUCUGCACCGCGUGUCGUGGGUGACUACGCAGAGCUCGUAUCUGACUACUACUACCCAGCCAGUACGGACGGUAGCUGCCAUCUUCGUUUCUUCUAUCACAUGUUUGGAGACCACGUGGCCAACAUCACCCUGUACGCGGAGAGCAACACAUCCCCGUUGGUGCGUCAGCAGCUAUGGACGAUGACCGGUAACCAAGACAACAUCUGGCACAGAGCGGACGUCACCGUGCGCUCCACGACCGCCUAUCGCUACGUCUUCUACGGUCUCCGUGGCGCCAGUUUCCUUGGCGACAUUGCUCUUGACGACAUCACGCUGACAGCCGGUUGCAUCAAGGGAACGGUAUCGUGCCCGCCCGGACAGCUGCCGUGUCUCAGUGGCAGCCAUUGCUACGCUGCGUCUGCUAAGUGUGACGGCACAGCUCAGUGUCAGGACGGUACGGACGAGACCAACUGCCCGACUGUGCCCAUGACUGGUACGACCAUGGCUCCGUUCACGGGACCCACAACACAGCCUGCCGCCUGCCCGGCCGAUUGCGACUUUGAGAGCGGAAAGUGCAAGUUUGAGGACGACCACACCGUGCCCAUGUCCUUCACUCUCGACAACGGCGGUACCCCGAGCUUCAACACUGGACCGGCGGCUGAUCACACGUUCAAGAACUCAACAGGUCACUAUAUCUACAUUGAGACGUCUGGAGCGACAGCUGGUAACAAGGCACGCGUCAUCACGAACUACUUCUUCCCGCAGUCCACGCCGCUCACCACCACGUUCUGGUACCACAUGAACGGAGCCACCAUUGGCACACUGCGCGUCGUGGUGCAAGACAUCAACUCCACCACGUGGAGAUCGGUUUGGUCCAAGACAGGCAACCAGGGUAACUCCUGGAUCCAGGCGGCCGGCAUCGUCGUCAACUCGGCCAAGAUGUUCCGCGUCGGGUUCGAGGCGUCGGCCGGAACCAGCUUCACUGGGGACAUUGCGCUGGACGACAUCACCUUCACCAAGGGAUGCGGCUUCGUUCCCAAGCCCACCGGACCACCUCCACCAGCUGGCACGACCGUUGGUGACUGCGAUUUCGAGACGGAGAACUGUUGCUGGACUAACACUCGCGUGGGUGACACGUUUGACUGGGAGUGUGGCCGUGACUCUACGGUCUCACAGGGCACUGGUCCCAACGGGGAUUACCCCACUGGCAAGGGCCACUUCAUGUACAUCGAGGCAUCGACUUCCAACUUCUUCGCCCAGGCCGACCUGGUCGGACCGUUCCUGAACGGACCCGCCCGUCGCGGACAGUGCUCAUUCACUAUGUGGUACCACAUGCAUGGAACCAGUGUGGGAACUCUGCAGAUCCAAACUAUCCUGCAGGGAUCACCGCCGUUCUUCUUCGUUCCCGGCCUCCGCGUGCUGUGGACCCGCAGCGGCGAACAAGGCAACCAGUGGCUCAACGCCACCGUGGACCUGUACGGUACACACUACGGCGGCACACCGUUCCAGGUGAUCGUCCAGGCCCAGCGCGGUGGCACGUUCAGCUCUGACAUCGCCGUCGAUCACUUCGUCUUCUCAUCCGGCUGUGGAAGUCUUUUCUUGAAGAAGAACCUGUGCGCGUCCAACCCGAUCUGCAGGUCUAUCAAUUACAACCACACGGGAUUCACACCUCCACCUUACAGCAAGGACUUGACUGGCACAUGUAACUUUGACGGCGGCAACUGCUAUUGGACGGUCAGUGCCUAUGGCGAUGUCCCAUGGAUCUUCCACGAGGGCAGCACUGGCUCCUUUGGCACCGGCCCUAGCAAGGACAGCUCAGGAAAUCCUUUCGGACACUACUACUACCUGGAAGCCAGCCUUGCGCAGACCGGUCAAUGGGCCCUGCUUGAAGGCCCGCACGUUCUUGCCUCGCCCACUGGUGCAUGCACAAUGACGCUGAUGUACCACAUGUUUGGCACCCAGAUUGGCACGCUCUCCAUCAAUAUCUACAGCAAGAUCAAUGGAUUCAAGACGGUGUGGUCUCUCUCCGGUAACCAAGGCGACAAAUGGAUCAAGACUCCCACUAUCCAGCUUAGCAGCACCACUGCAUUCCGCGUGCACAUCAUCGGUACCCGUGGCAACGGGUUCACUGGGGAUAUCGCCGUCGACGACAUCCAGUUCAGCAAGACUUGCCUCUAUGCCAACAUCAGCUCCUCGGCGUACGGUGCUAACGCUCUGUCUGACGGUUGCUCUGAUCGCAGUCGCGAGGGUCUGUUUGACUCCACGCAUAUUGCCGGAUGCGGCGGUACCUGGUCUGGACGCAAGAACCUGCGUGCUCCUCCAACCGUUCCCAUCGCAGUCUGCGGUAACAAGUACGGCGGAACGACGAACCGCAUCUGCCAGCAGCCCGCCGACCUGUGCGAGCCCGGAUGGCACAUCUGCGGCUCUCUGAAGACGGGCAUUGAUGAGAUUCGUGACAGCAUGGUUGGAUCGCAGUGCUCCACUGCUGGCUAUGGACGGUUCUCCGCUGGUGUCAACCACUGCCACUUGAGCAAGGCAUGCACGAGCGCUGUGCGCGGUCUCGAUUACGGCUGUGGCGUAUUCGGCAGCCCAUGCUCCGAGCCACUCUGCUGUGGUGCCGGAUGUAACGGAUACGACAACUGCAACUCCGCCAUCUUCCCCAACAAUCAGACAUCCUACUACAAGGGUGUUUCUCCCACGGCCGGCUGUGGCUACAUCAAUGCACAAGAGGCUGGUGGAGUCAUGUGUUGCAAGAUGAACAUCACCGUCGUCACGCCCGCACCACCUCCAGCUCACUCAACUUGCGACUUUGAGAAGAACUUCUGCACGUGGACAAACCUGGCCGGCUCCGACUUUGACUGGAUUCGCCGAUUCGGCAGCACCACCAGCUUCAACACCGGCCCGUCGUACGAUCACACCACGGGAACCAGCACAGGCUACUACAUUUACAUCGAGACCUCAUUCCCAGCUCAGGUUGGACAUCAGGCCGUUCUCCGAAGCCAGACACUGAACAGCUCAACGUGCUACAUCGCUUUCUGGUACCACAUGUUUGGUGCCACCAUUGGCGAGCUGCGUAUCGUCGUUCAGGACAGCGUCAAGCUGACAACCGUGUGGUCUAAGAAGGGUAACCAGGGCGACUGGUGGCGUCAGGCCAUCGUUCCCGUCAACAGCACCGAGAAGACGUUCAGCAUUCUCGUCUUCGGCAUCUCUGGCACCAGCUUCACUGGCGACAUUGCUCUAGACGACGUCGCUCUGCUCACAUGCGGUGCUAUCACCAAAAAGACUGGAAACACUAUGGACUGUGACUUUGAGCCCAACCUGUGCCUGUGGCAACACGUUCCGCAGAACACGUUGUACUGGCGUCUGCGUCGCGGCAGGACGCCCAGCGGCGGUACUGGACCGGGCAGCGACCACACCUUCGGAAACUCCACAGGCCACUAUGUGUACAUCGAGACCUCAGCACCGUUCGCAACUGGUGACAAGGGACAAAUGACGUCACUGACAAUGGCCGCCUCUGGACCAGGAUGCAUGCUCUCCUUCUGGUAUCAUAUGUUGGGAAGCGGCAUUGGUUCACUCAACGUCUACAUGAAUAAUGCCAAGGGACAGCAGCUGCUCUGGACCAAGUCUAGCUCACAAGGAACCGCCUGGAGGAACGCGACAGUCGCGCUGAACAGCGCCAGCAACUACACGGUGGUGUUCGAGGGCGUGCGUGGCAGCACCUGGCAGGGUGACAUCUCGCUUGACGACAUCAAGUUCAUCGGCAACUGCCCGCUGCCAGGUCCAAGCCUGCCACCGCCUCCGCCCCCGCAGCUCUACAGCGGCAACUGCAACUUCGAGUCGUGCUCCUGCUGCUGGUACAACAACAUCUGGGACAACCUGGACUUCUACCGCGGCCAGGGCGCCACGGCAACGCAGAGCACCGGUCCGCAGUUCGACCACACGCUGGCCAACGCCUUCGGCUCCUACAUGUACCUGGAGGCGUCGUCGCGAGUUGCCGGCGGCAACGCGCGCUACAUCAGCAAGGGAAUGUACCAGAUCCCGUCACCAGGCGUGUGCACACUGACAGUGUUCUAUCACAUGCAAGGCAGCUGCAUCGGUCAGUUUGCCAUCAUCGGUGAUCGAUUCCCACCGCCUAACAACCCGGCGCGCAAGAUCAUUUGGUCCGUUACCGGCGACCAGGGUCCUUAUUGGAACAACGUCACAGUUGACCUAUACAACAAUGUCGGCGGUGUUGGCAACUUCACCGUCACCCUGCGAGCCUCACUCAACACAAACUGUCCAUUCGGAGACAUCGCGUUUGAUGACCUGACGUUCAGUCCCGGUUGCUCACAGUACUUCAUCAACAACCAGUCGUGCCAUGCAUCGGAUGUAUGCGCUGCACCUCACAACCACAGCCAGGCUGGUACUCAGCCACCAGCAGGAGUGGUUGUGGCCAACUGCAACUUUGAGAGCCGCUGUGACUGGCAGGCUAGUGCUGCAUCUGAUCAACAGUUUAGACUCUGGGAGGGAUUCACGCCGUCCGGCACAACCGGACCCACGUUUGAUCACACCACCGCCACUCCUUUCGGUCACUACAUGUACUUUGAGGCGAGCGGCACGCCGGUGGAUACCCGCGCCAUACUGGAGAGUCCUCAGAUUGCCGGUGGCACAGCGUGUACGUUCACCAUGUGGUACCACAUGUACGGUUCCACCACUGGACUGGGAACGCUCUAUGUCUAUCAGUACACGCCGUCGGCCUCCUCGCUCACGCAGAUCUGGAGCAAGUCUGGAAACCAGGGAGACAAGUGGAAUUCAGUGCAGCUUUCCCUGACGGGCGGCAGCUUCCGCAUUCACAUUGUGGUUGUCCAUGCCAACUCAUGGCGAGGAGAUAUCGCCGUCGACGACUUCAUGUUCUCAUCCGGUUGUGGUGCUUUCACGAAGAACCCAACCACCGCAUACGGCUACAGUGCUCUCACAACUGGCUGUGCUGAUCGUACCCGUGAAGGUUUCUUCACCGACACCAACGUGGCCGCCUGCACUGGUCGCUUUGCUCGACGUAUGGAUAUGCGUACCCCGCCGUCGGCUCUCGGUGCUAGAUGCGGUAACAACUAUCGCAACAACCUACAGUGCUACAGCCCAGCGGAUGUGUGCGACACGAUCAAUGGAUGGUACCCAUGCGGCGCUCGCGGUGCUCGGGAUAUCAUCACUAACGUGGCUACUGGAGCUCGCUGUGCUGGCGCAGGAUACGGUACGUUUGUGACGGCCAUCAACCAUUGUGCCCAGCAAGGCGGCUGCAAGACGGCCAACAUCUCCGCCGACUACGGAUGCACAGAGCUGGUGAACUCGUGUGACUACCCACUCUGCUGUGGUACCACUUGUACUGGCAAGGACUCGUGCGACAGCGGCUUCUGGCCCAAGAUGAGUUUCUACCCGACCGGCUUUACGGGAUCGUCCGAUGGCUGCCGCUCCACACCACCAGGCAUCAUUGACGGUGUCAUGUGCUGCCGUGACGCCAGCUACGUACCACCCGUCACUCCUGGAACCAAAUACGACGAAUGCACCUUUGAGAAUGGCUGGUGCGGCUGGACGUCCAGCACAACCAGCUCAUCCGCCAACACCAUUCCAUGGCUGCGUGAUCGACUGGGAACACCCACUGGUAACACCGGACCCACUACAGAUCAUACCAAGGGCAACGGCUUCUACGUGUACGCCGAGGUCAGUGGUGCAAAGAACGAGCGUGCCCGCGCCAUUCUGACCAGCAAGCUGUACCCCGCCCUGUCGACGCACUGCGCCAUGGAGUUCUACUAUCACAUGUUUGGACAGUCCAUUGGAUCGCUUCAGGUGUUUGUGGUGGUUGGAAGCACGGCCACGCAACUAUGGCAACUGAGCGGUAACCAAGGUGAUGUGUGGCGUAAGGCCACUCUCCGCAUCCCCGCAGCAACCAGCUACCAGAUCAAGUUUGUGGUGGAGCGCGGCCAGACCUUCUCUGGGGACAUCGCACUGGAUGACAUUUCUUUCCACUCCUGCCGAGGUGUCAGUGUAUGCCAGGCUAAUGAAUUCCAGUGUGCCACGUCGGGUAACUGUCUACCUACCAGCCAACAGUGUGACGGAGUACCGCAGUGUUCCGACGCUUCCGAUGAGUCAUCAUGUGGCAAUCGCUGCCACUACUUGUUCUGCGUCAACGGCGGUACCUGCUCGGUGCCCGCCGGUGCCAACGCCACCUGUGCCUGUCCACCCGGAUACAGCGGCAUGCGCUGCGAGAAGACUAUCUUCUCAUCGCUACCCACCACCGCUGGCGUCCCGGGCACUGGACCCACGCUGGGCCCGGAGACUAGCGGACAGACACCACAGCAGACGCCGGUCAACACGCAGGAGACGCAGUUCCCGCCGACCACGAACGAGAACGUCCAAACCACGACGGCCAAGGAGGCCCCCGGAAACAACGCAGCUCAGUCUACCUCACACGGUCUCAGCACUGGUGCCACCGUUGCCGUGGUGAUUGGCGUGUGUGUCAUGAUCGCCAUAGCAAUCGUCAUGCUUCUGCUCUACCGACGAUCACUCAAGAAACAACCGCCGCCAUCGGGAAGUUCCAACGACGACACGGUUCUGGCCGUGGGUAACCCCGUGUACAGCAUGUAUGGCGGUGACGGCGGACAGGUCAACCUGGGCAUUGGCAGUAACUACGACGACGGACUGGACGAUGUCAGCAUGUCGUCGGACAUGUUCGACGCUCGACGCGGGCAACCAGCACCGUCGCAGUCCAAUCCGCUCUACCAGGAUCCGUACAAGAUGCAAGGAGCGGACGGUGGCACGGACGACAAGGUCGGUCUCAUCAACUAAACGCCACACCGUUCUUGUUGGCGGCGACGCGCAAGCAACACCAGCAGCGUCAGCAGCAGCAACAGUAACAACAACAACAGCAGCCUAUAUACAGCUGCUCUCAUCUCCGUAUGUAGACAAUGACGACUGAAGAACGAAUAAUCUCUCACGUUCAACACUAAUUUCUCUUAUUCCCCACCAGCCCUGCACUACUAUUCUUGCAUCACUUGCUUUGCUCUGCUUUUUUUGAACGCCUGUGAGAAAAUGACGUACUCUCCGUACUGACACAUAAACUUCCGCUCCGAUUACAAUUUAUGGUAUAUGUUUCGUUGUUGAUUUCUCUGUACUUUUUUGCGUUUGUACUACUAAGACUUUUCACUAUUCCUUGCAUAUUUAUUUGCUGUUGUUUGGAGUUUUGACCAUGCAUUGCGGGUAAAAGUGCACCUGUCCUUUCAGUUUCUGCCUAUCUCGUCUCGAAUCAGUAUUUUGUUUCGUAUUACAUCAAUCUUCGGAUGAUAUGCUUCGAGUGUAA